AGUAAGCGUUCGGUCACUGAUUUCAUCAUGUAAGAAACGCUAUACGUCUCAAACUUAUGUAGCUACGGUUUUAUACGGGUUUACAAGGAUAUUCGUUGGUUAUGCACCUGCAGGCAAGAUGUGCCAGGAUUGCGUAAAAGAAAAACAUCCUCAGCGGGUAAAUAGUCCGAAAAACAAUUUAGGUUUGCUUAUUAAAAAAUGCUUAACAUGUUUUAUAUAAAAAAGAUCCUACGUGCUGCCAUCAAAAAGUUUAUUAAUUAUAAGCUUCAUAUAUAUUAAAGCUCUCUAAAUCUUUACAGCAGGGACUGGAGAUUUAGGACUGAUGAAACAAAUCAAUUCUUAUGGCUCAUUCAAUAGACCUCUUUAGCUUGUCUUUUGAAGGGACUGAAAUUUGAAAUUUGAAAAUUGAAAUUUGAAAGAAACAAUUCUCUAAAAUCAGAUAAUUCAGGAAAAUUAAAUGGUCUUUAUAGUCUUUUUAUUUUCUUUUGGUUGGGUGGUUAUUCGAGUGGUUUGUUCAUUCAGCCAAUCAAAAUAUUGGGUGUUAUUCUUGUUCAUUCAAAAUAUUUUGCUGUUUCUGAUUCACUGCUGAUUGGCUUCAAUACCGCAGCUAAUCCCUCAUAACCAGCUAGUGCUUACCAUAUUUCAGCAAUUAUUAUAUACCAUGGUAUAUUGCCUUUUAGUAAAAUCCGACUAGUGGUCUAUUAUCAAUGCUGCAUUCUGAUUGGUUGAGCUACUACUAAGCUAGAUGUUAUAGCCCACUAGUAGCCAAAAGCGCCGGCUUUGAUAAACCAAAACAAUGGCAGCUGAAUCUUGUUUUGCUAGCUAAAGUUGUUUUGUCUCGAUAUUUUUGACCCACUAGUUGGAUUUUACUGAAACAAUAUUAUUUCUCGAAGCCAAAUGGCCUGAGUCAAUAGCCCAUUCAGCCUUUGACCUCAUGGGCUAUUGACUCAAAGCCCAUUUGGUAGCCUGCGAAAACAUCCGUUUCUCCUCGCUCUUUGCCACUGGGGACGUUUUGCGUGGAGGAACGUCUGCGACUCAUUGACAGAAAUUCCAUACUGAUGGCGUAAAUCAAUGUUUACAUAAUAAAUCCAGUAGUCAUGGGGUUCCAAAUACAAAUUGGUUUAAUUUUACUUGUCUUCUGGUCGAUUUUGGUUAAGUUUUGCGUUUAUCUGCCAACGAGUUCCAGCAAAACUCAAACACUUCUUCUAGAGAAGAGUAUAUAUUCAACAAAUAUUGAAUUCUUCGCGUUUACAUUUGACCUUUGUGGCCUUUUGUCUUUUGCCUAUCAUUCGUAAACAAAAGCUAAAAUAAUGUAACCACUCCGUCGACCAAUCAGACCGGAUUCCGGACAGAUUUUACGUCAUCAGUAUGGAAUUUCUGUCGCUGAGUCGCAGACGUUCCUCCUCGCGAAACGUCCCGAGCGGCGAAGAGCAAGGAGAAACGGAUGUUUUUGCAGGCUACCCAUUUGGCUUUGAGGAACAUCAACCUAAUAUCCAGAUGCCGCAGCCUAGCUGUUUAUUGGACACUAAAAAAUGGUGAUCGCUGGGUACUGGCCAACUUUUUUAAAUUCAGUGUGACUUUUUCGUAGGGGUCUGAUAUCCAAAGAGGACUGAAGAUGUUCUGAAAAUGUUCCGAAGAGUUCUGUCUAACACAACUACAAGAACACAUAGUCCUGAACACAACUCUCCAGUGGCUUUCCCUACUAAAAUAAGAGUUUAGAGAAAGUCAAUCAUUUUCAUAGACUUUUCUUUUCUUUCAUUGGUCCGUUAAUGUUGUAAUGCCUCAAACAUUUGUACCAAAAAUGAGAAAUUGGAAGACGGGUGUGAGUAGACAUGGGAUCAAAGUUUUUGAUCAAGUGUCACAGGCGUGACACUUGGAAGGUAUAUCACUGCUUUCUCUUGAUGUGGUCAACUACCUAGUGUUCAGACUAGUACAUGUCUGUAUAUUUUAGGGCACCAUCUGUUUGGAGAGUGGUUCAUAUCUGAUGAACUUUGCAUCCUGUAUAGCUUGUGGUAGAAAAGAACCUCUCAAGAUUACAGACAAGUCAACUGAGGAGGAUGAAGAUGGCGAGGAACUGAUAACUUAUAAGCGUAUGUUUGUAUUUCACUUAGAUAAGACAUACAGCUUGUAUACAAAAUAUUAAAUGACAACACUGCUGUCAACUCUCCCGGAUAAUCCGGGAGACUCCCGAUUUUUAGCCGUUUCUCCCGGUCUCCAGAUUAGAAAUCUCCCAGAUAAUUCCCUAACUUUGUUAUUUCUUGUAGAUUUGACUUUCUGUCAAUGAAAUUUCAAAUAUUUUGCGUUGUUUGAGCUUUUAACUUUUAACACUGAACGUUUCCUCAGGAACACCGCUAUGUCAUUGUAAUAUAAGUAAUAAUGUGUUUGGUGGAAAGUAAACCAAUCAGGUACAACUGUUACAAUUCCAACAACAUCUUUUUCACAUGUUUUUUUGCACAAAUGACAUCAUGUUUGGUUCAUUAUGAUAUCAUCUAUUAUCCCUUCCCUGUCAGUUCUCAUUAUUUGAAGAUUUGGGGGGUUGACAGCCCUGCGACAAAUUAAUCCUGACAGAAAGAAAGGACCAAGUGAACUAAAUGAUGAAAAAAUGUGUAUAUCUAUUUUCAAAAAACCCUUGUAGAUUUUGAUUCUAUGUGUAUUUUGAAUUUUAUUUUCAUAAUAACUGUUGGAGCUUUACAAUUUUUUUGCAGAUGUCUGUCCAAGCUGUGAUCACAUUGUUGCUUCUCAUGAAUACACAUUCAGAGUUGAGGGACAAUACCAGGUAUUUCCAGAAUUAAAUAAUAUUAUUAGUAUUCCAAGUCAUCGAAAGUCAUCUCACUUAUCCCAGUUAUCCAAGCAGGAGCAAAUUAUAUCCCACAGUCAUCCGAGUCAUUUCAUUCUUCCCAUUCAUCCCUGUCAUACCAGUCAUCCUAGCUAGUCAUCCCAGUCUUCCUAGUCAUCUCAGUCAACCCAGUCAUCCUAGCUGGUCAUCCCAGUCAUCUUAGUCGUCCUAGUCAUGAUAAUCAUACCAGUCAAGUCAGUCAUCCAAGGCAACCCAGUCAUCCCAAACCUCCUACUCAUCCCUGUCAUACCAGUCAUCCUGAUCACCCCACUUCCAAGUCAUCCUACUCAUCCCAGGCAUUCCUGUCAUCCUCGAUCAUCCUAGUCAUCCUAGCCAUGCCAGUCAUCUCAGUCAUACCAGUCAUCGUCAGUCAUCCUAGUCAUCCCUGUCACCCCAGCCAUCCCUACCAUCUCGUCAUCCUCAAUCAUCCUAGCCAGGCCAGUCACCCCAGUCAUACCAUUCAUUCUCAGUCAUACCAGUCAUCCUAGUCAUCCCUGUCAUCUCAGUCAUCCUCAGUCAUUCCCAGUCAUCUUAGUCAUCCCAAUCCAGUAAACCCAGUCAUCCCUGUCAUGAUAGUCAUGCUAGUCAUCCCAGUCAUCCUUACUUAUUGAAGUUAUCCUAACCAGUCAUAUCUAAGUCAUUCCCCAGUAAUCCUAGUCAUCCCAGUCAUCUUAGUCCUCCCAGUCAUCCAAGUUAUAUCUCAGUCACCUUAGUCAUCCUAGUCAUCCAGUUUAUCUUAGUCAUUCCAGUCAUUCUAGUCAUCCCAGUCAUCCUUGUCAUGCCAGUCACCCCAGUCAUUGUAUUCACGCCACUCAUCCUCAGUCAUCCUCAUCCUCAUCCUGGGCAGUUAUUCUAGUCAUCCCAUUCAUCACAGUCAUUUCCUGUCAUCCCAGUUAUCCUCAGUUAUCCCAUUCAUCACAGUCAUUCCCAGUGAUCCUUGUCAUCCUCAUCUUGCCAGUCAGCUUAGUCACCUCAGUGAAGCCAGUCAUCUUAGUCACCCUACUCUAUAUCAUCAUCACCAUUUUCUAAUGAUAGUGACAGAACCUUAUGCAAGGGGAGCAGUUACAAUAACUACAAACAUGGAGAAUUUAUUGCUGAAUUUUACAGUACAAAAAAGAAACUUUAUUAAAUACAAGAUGGCUCGCUGGAUCUUAAUCAGGAUACUUACAGUAACAUAUAAGCUGUAUAUUGAUGUGUUACCUAAUGUGUUAAUGUUAAAAGUACGGAGACCUUCUAUCUACAAGGUCUUAGUUGUUCAAAGUAAAUUAUUGCUAUCUGCUGGAAAGUAAUUUAUUUGAUGAAUACGGCAAUAAAUAAUAUUUGUUUGAACAACUGGCGCCAGUCUGUUAAUGGUCCAUUUCCAUCAUUUUUUAAAGAGGGGAAUGCGUUUUGCUUUGAUCUUUUUUUUUUCUUAAUUAGCGUAAGUCAUGGUCCUCGAUGACGGGAGUGGGGUAGAUAUUUUUUAAUGGAAAUUUCCUCCUAAUUAGUAAUGUUUUCUUUAUUUUACAGGAGUACAUGAUGACUUGCCUUCUCUGUGGUACAGCAGCAGAUUCUGUUAGUAUUUUACCUGAAGACUCUAACAGGACAAACCAUCUAUUUUAACUUUUUGUACACACCACUAACAGGACCCUGCUCAAAACAGAUCUUUUAACAUAAAUGAAGCACCAUCAUAUUUUUGUUAGAGGCCUUCUCUAAUUGUUUCUGACUAGAGCUGUAACUUAAGUAUGGUUUUCCACUGGCCGAGGAACGAAAGAAACAGAAAACUUUUUUCCACCACACGACUGGGAGUAUGGGUUCGGGUGUGCGGGGGAUCUUCAGGUCACAUGGUGUUUCAGAGUUCAGUAGUUUUUGUUGCCUUCCACCAUUGCCUGACCUGCCCCACCCACCCACCGUCCAUGUGUUUUUUGGGUUUUUGUAGGAUUUCAAGUAGUGCCUUAGUUCAGGUUAUUCUUGUAUGUUAAUCUUGUACCUAGGCUCAGUUUCAGCCAUUUUGUUAGCUCUCUUUUUGGGCUGUAACACUAAUAAAUGAUGUAAUAAAGGUUGGGCUGCAUAGUCGGCAUGGCAAGGCUCCCAGUUGUGUUUGAGAAUUAGUAAUUUUCGUCUGUUAUUUGCUGCCAAAAAUUAAUUUUGUCCAUAGAAUUUACAUUCAAGAACAGUCAUUGUUAUCAAGAGGAGCAAUAAAACUGUACAUAAGGUUAUACUAAUUUCA